ACAAAUGCAGACAACCGCUUGAUCUGCAAACAUGAGUACUGUAGUUGAAAAUUUCUCCCAGCACAAAGAGUGGUUAUUUUCUACUGAAUGACAACCUUUCUUGGAAGGCAGACAUUGGCUGGUGGAGUAGCCAAUCACGACAUGGGGGCAUGAAGCAAACUCCUGACUGGCUGGCUGCAGGAAAGUGAAACUUAACUUUCACCGAACUCCCCGGAGUAUUGGGUGUCUCUGGGCCUGGGAGUUGUAUUAGUGUAAAUGUCUGCUGAAACUGGCGCCGCCCAGGAGAAUAUGGGAGAGCUGGAGGAGGAAGAGCUGCCCUGUCUUCAGGGCGAGGCAGAAAGUCUUCGGGAGAGACACUCCACGCAAACCUUGCAGAUGAGGAAAGCGACACGGUUGAGUCUCCUUCUCCAGGCGGUUAAACGGUCGCGAAGGGAGGCCGUGUGUGAGAAACACCAGGAGCCGCUGAAAGUCUUUUGCAUGGAGGAUCGCACCUUCCUCUGCGUCAUAUGCGGCAAAUCUAAGACGCACGGGGCCCACGCGGUGCUUCCUAUAGAGGAGGCGGCCGAGGAUUACAAGAACAAAAUUCAGAUUUAUCUACAGAAUCAGAAGAUGGAAAGAAACAUUGCCGAAGGAUGGAAGCUAACACAAAAGAAACUAAUUGUGGAGUGUUUGGAAAACAUAAAGGUUGAGAGAGAGAAGAUUCUGCGGGAGUUCCAGCAGCUCCUCCUGUUUCUGAAGGAGCAAGAAAGCUGCCUUCUGGCUCAGUUGGGUGAACUAGAGAAGGAGAUUGAGAAGAUGGAAGAAGAAAAUAGCAACAAGCUUUCUAGCAUCUUGUCUGCUUUCGGAUGUGUUAUCAGUGACUUAGAGAGAGUGUGUCAGAGGCCUGCUGAUGAAUUCUUGCAGGAUCUCAAGGAAACCAUAAGCCGGUGUGAGAAAAGGAAGUUUUGUUGGCCAGUGGAGAGGUCUACUGAUGUGGAACAAAUCAUUCGUCCAAUCUCUUGGAAAAGUAUAGUUUUGACAGAAAACUUCAAGAAAUUAAAAGAAACCUUGGCAGCUGAACUAAAGAGAGGGAGGACAACUUGGCAAAAUCCUUCGUUGGAGGAACAGGCCAAUCAGCCACAGGUCUUUUGGCCAGCAAUGUCUGGGGAUUCCCUCGGAACAGGCAGAAAAGUAUAUGUGAAUCUGGAUCUACGUACAGCCAACCCCAAGCUCAUUGUGUCUCAGGAUCGGAAGACAGUACGGCAUGGAGACCAACUGCAGGCACUGCCUGAUUAUCCAGAGAGAUUUGAUUCCGAGCCCUUCGUGCUGGGCCAUGUGGGAUUCUGCUCAGGGAGACACUGCUGGGUGGUGAAUGUCGAGCAGGGGCAGAACUGGGCAAUAGGAAUUGCCAGAGAGUCUGUAAAGAGGAAAGGAUACAUCAGCCUCAGUCCAGAGCAAGGCAUCUGGGCUAUGGAGCAGUGCUGGGGUCAAUUCCAAGCACUUACCUCCCGCUGGACCUCCCUCUCUCUGAUUAGGAAACCCAGGAGGAUCCAGGUGUGCCUAGACUAUGAGGGAGGGUGGCUGUCAUUUUUUGAUGCAGAUCUGGAUGCUCCGCUCUUCACUUUCCCGCCCAUCUCUUUUAAUCAAGAGAGAAUCUACCCUUGGCUCUGGGUGGGACCAGGAUCCUAUCUCAUCUUAUGCCCCUGAAGAUAUUUCCUCAUGGUCUGUGUGUGAUUGCACUCUGAUUUCUCAGAGGAUUCUCUGUCCCUGUUUCUAGGACUGUGGAAGACUUUUUUCCUGAUCUCUCAUCCCAGAACUAUUGAGGCCUGAUUCAUGUAAUAACAGCAUGGUGUUUUGUUUGGAGUGCACCAUUGCUAGACAAUCAAUUUGUUAUGACUGGUCUUCUCUCUCUGUCUCUCUCUCUGUUUGUUGUAAUUUUCAGUGAUGUGCUAAAUAUUGCCAAAGCCACGUGGAGAGUACUCUUAUCUUUUCAUUGGACCAACUGCGCAUGUACAGAAUUGCUUUUGACUUGCACAAGGCUCUGGUAAAGGUGUCUAGAGCAAAAUAAAGUAGAUUGCAUGUGUUUAUAUA